AUGAAGGGAUUCCUAGCAACAUAUGUCAUGUUCUCUCUUGCUGGACUAUUGCUCGCCGAGCCGUGCGAGCACAACGGGGUGACUUACAAUGUGAGCUCGUGUUUUGUUUUUUUUUUAAAUUGCUUUCAUUAAAAUGGCAUGCAUUUUAUUAUUAGAGUUUCUAUUUCAGAAAUAUUGUAAAGAAUAAAUUGAUCUUAUGCCUUGAUUAUAACAGUAAUAUGAGGGCCAGAACUGCCCUUCAAACAUAACUGAUUAUGUGAGUUACAAUUGCAAAGACAGAAAGUAUGCUGGUAAAUAUUACCUCAUAUAAUUAUAAAUACGUUUUAAAAUUUAGUCAUCAUAUUACUUAUCAUAUGUACUUAUCAUUUUUUUUUUUUUAAUUCCAAAAGGACAAGUUUUUUUUUUUAACAUAUCAUGUUUUAUGGUUACUCUAAAGAUAAAAAAAAAUAAAUGAUUUACAAUGCGAAUAAGUCAAACAUAUGUGUGUUGCAGCCCGGUGACGCAUAUCAUAAGGAUCAAUGCACCACGUGCUAUUGUGGUGAGGAUUCGGAAGCCUUUUGUAUUCCCCUCCAGUGCGAUUGGCCGCAGUGCGAAGACGGCGCCAGCCCAGUUUAUUUAGAGGAUUCAUGUUGCCCGGGCUGUCCUUAG